UAUAAACGUCCCCCUCCAGCGCCGCCCCCAGUGUCCCCGGCGAGGGACUCUUUUUUCACCCACCCCUGCCCGGCGGAGACAGCCGCCUCGUCCCUGCGACGGGUCGCUCCGCGGCAAUGGCGGCCGGGCCGAGGCUGAGUUAGAGCGAGGAGGGGGAGGCGCUGAUAGGACUAUGCCGAGCGGGGCCCGGCCCGCGCCGAACGCUGCCUGAGCCCGUCUCCUGCCUGGGCAGCGGUAGGAGCAGCUGGGCCGCCCCCGACAUGGCCGAGCCCUCGCUCCCCUCCUCCGGCGGCGGCGGCGGCGGCGGCGGCUCCCUGCCGCUCAUGGAAUCAGAGCUCUACUUCCUCGUCGCCCGCUUCCUGAGCACCGGGCCCUGCCGGAGAGCGGCGGAGGUGCUGGUGCAGGAGCUGGAGCAGCACCAGUUGCUUCCUAAAAGGUUGGAUUGGGAAGGAAAUGAGCAUUGUAGAAGUUAUGAAGAUUUGGUCUUAUCCAACAAACAUGUGGCUCCAGAUCAUUUGUUGCAAAUUUGCAAGCGUAUUGGCCCUAUACUGGAUAAAGAGAUUCCACCCAGCAUUUCACGAGUGAAUUCCUUACUUGGUGCAGGGAGGCAGUCAUUGCUACGUACAGCAAAAGAUUGCAGGAAUACUGUUUGGAAGGGUUCUUCUUUAGCUGCUCUUCGUAGAGGAAGACCUCCUGAAAUUCCUGUGAACUAUGGCCCUCCACCAAACCUUGUGGAAGUAAAUCGUGCAAAACAAUUAACUGGGUAUGCAACAUAUAGAACAUCAUUUCCAGGAAGUAUGUAUCAGCACAUAAGGAUGCAUAGGCGGAUUCUUGGUCAUCUCUCUGCAGUCUACUGUGUUGCAUUUGAUAGGACUGGACACAGAAUAUUUACUGGUUCAGAUGAUUGCUUGGUGAAAAUUUGGUCUACUCACAAUGGCCGGUUGCUCGCCACACUACGAGGUCAUUCAGCCGAGAUUUCAGAUAUGGCUGUGAAUUAUGAAAACACUAUGAUUGCAGCUGGAAGCUGUGAUAAAAUGAUCAGGGUAUGGUGUCUGAGAACUUGCGCACCAGUUGCUGUGCUCCAGGGACACACUGGAUCCAUUACGUCUUUACAGUUUAGUCCAAUGGUCAAAGGCUCCAUGCGCUACAUGGUAUCUACUGGUGCAGAUGGAACAGUUUGCUUUUGGCAAUGGGAUGCAGAUUCCAUGAAAUUCAGUAAUCGGCCAGUGAAGUUUACAGAGAAAUCUAGGCCUGGAGUUCAGAUGCUUUGUUCUUCUUUUAGCAUUGGUGGUACAUUUCUAGCAACAGGCAGUACAGAUCAUGUUAUCAGGAUGUAUUUUUUUGGCUCUGAAACGCCUGAAAAAAUAGCUGAACUGGAAAGCCAUGCUGACAAAGUGGACAGCCUUCAGUUUUCGAACAGCGGUGAUAGGUUCAUAAGUGGCAGCAGAGAUGGAACAGCCCAUAUCUGGUGCUUCCAGCAAACAGAAUGGAGGAGCAUCUUGUUGGAUAUGGCUGACAGGUUACCAGGUGACUCUCAUUCUGAAGAAGACCGAUUUAUGAAGCCUAAAGUAACAAUGAUAGCUUGGAAUCAAAAUGAUGAUUUUGUUGUUACUGCUGUGAAUAAUCAUCUGCUAAAAGUUUGGAAUUCUUAUACUGGGCAAUUGCUUCAUGAUAUGGUGGGACAUACAGAUGAAGUAUUUGUGUUGGAGACCCACCCUUUUGAUUCAAGGAUUAUGUUAUCUGCAGGCCAUGAUGGCAAUAUCUUUAUAUGGGAUAUUACAAAAGGCAUCAAAACUAAGCAUUAUUUUAACAUGAUUGAAGGACAAGGACAUGGUGCUGUUUUUGACUGCAAGUUUUCAUCAGAUGGACAACAUUUUGCCUGUACAGAUUCUCAUGGGCAUCUGUUAAUAUUUGGUUUUGGGUGUAACAAGCCUUAUGAAAAGAUUCCUGAUCAGAUGUUCUUCCACACUGACUACCGACCAUUGAUUCGAGACGCUAACAAUUAUGUCCUAGAUGAGCAGACACAACAGGCUCCUCAUCUCAUGCCACCUCCGUUUUUAGUAGAUGUGGAUGGAAACCCUCAUCCAACAAAAUACCAGAGAUUAGUACCAGGAAGAGAGAACUGUGCAGACGAACAUUUGAUUCCUCAACUGGGAUAUAUAGCAACAAGUGAUGGAGAGGUUGUUGAGCAAGUGAUAGGCCAGCAAACUGUUGACCAGGAUGAACAAAGUCUGGAACCCAACAUUCUUGAUGGCAUGAUAAGACAAUUACAGCAACAGCAAGACCAAAGAACUGGAUCAGAUCAAGAAGUUGUUCCAAAUGGACUACAAAAUGGAGAAGGAACACCUAGAAGAGGUUUUAGAAGGCCAAGUUUAGACAUCCAAUCCCCCCCAAAUAUUGGUCUGCGUCGCAGUGGGCAAGUGGAAGGUGUACGUCAAAUGCAUCAGAAUGCUCCACGAAGUCAAAUUGCCACAGAGCGAGACCUUCAAGCUUGGAAACGAAGAGUAGUUGUACCAGAAAUACCACUGCAUUUAUUCAGAAAACAGGAGGAGUACCGUAUUGCAAAAGGAGAGGAGGAGAGAGAGCUCUAUGUAACAGAGAGGAAAAGGAAGACAUUUCAGUUCUCAGAAAAGAGUGACUCUGAAGCUUCACUGAUACAAUCCAAGCGUAGACUGCAUAGGCGUAAAUAUCCAAGUUAUCGAACACGGAAUAACACAGAACAACUUGAUUCAUCUGAUGAAGAAAGGGAUGACUGUUUUGGCUUUAUAAACCAGGAAGCAGAAGAAAGUGAAGGUUUGGAUUCUUCUGAUGAGGAGGAAGAAUGGAAAAGUGACAAGAAAAGCAACAGUAACAGUUCUAGUGACUCUUCAAGUAGAUAUUCUGACUGGAUAGCUGAUGCAGGGAUAAAUCUCAAGCCUCCUGUACGAACAUCUCGACGCAAAGCUAUCAGAUAUUGUAGUACUUCAGAAGAUGAAGUAUCAGCAGAGAAAUCUUCUCCUCCAAAGAGGAGAAGAAAAAGAAGGAAAAAACCCAAACCAAAAAAGCAGGAAGAGAAUGUGCAGAAUAGUACUCUCACACAGCCAGUAAACGAAGAUGUGUGUUAUGACUACCAUCCUCCUGUUUGGAUAACUGACACCGCACUUCGAAAAUCUCCUUUUGUUCCCCAAAUGGGUGAUGAGGUAAUAUAUUUUCGACAAGGUCAUGAAGCUUAUAUUGAAGCAGUCAAAAAAAAUAAUAUUUAUGAACUAAACCCCCACAAGGAGCCAUGGAGAAAAAUGGUCCUUAGGGAUCAAGAAUUGGUAAAAAUUGUUGGGAUACGAUAUGAAGUUGGUCCUCCUACACUAUGUUGCCUGAAGCUUGCCUUCAUAGACCAUGCCACUGGAAAACUUGCAGACAAAUCAUUUUCUCUCAAAUACCAUGAUAUGCCAGAUGUCAUUGACUUCCUUGUAUUGCGUCAGUUUUAUGAUGAAGCACGACAGAGGAAUUGGCAAGCUUCUGAUAGAUUCAGAUCCAUUAUUGAUGAUGCUUGGUGGUUUGGAACAGUGUUGGGUCAAGAGCCAUAUCAGCCACAGUAUCCAGAUAGUCACUUUCAGUGUUAUAGUGUUAAAUGGGACAACGGUGAAAUUGAAAAGCUUAGCCCAUGGGACAUGGAGCCAAUUCCUGAUAAUGUUGAUCAACCUGAGGAAUUAGGAGCUAGUCUUUCUGUAACUUACGAAGAAAUGGAGAAGCUACUAUACAAACCCCAAGAGGGAGAAUGGGGGAAAAGAUCUCGAGAUGAAGUAUGUGAGCGGAUUAUCAGUGGCAUUGAUCAGCUUCUGAAUCUUGACAUUUCAGCAGCUUUUGCUGGUCCAGUUGAUCUGAGUACAUAUCCAAAGUACUGUACAGUGAUAGCUUAUCCAACGGAUCUUUGCACUAUUCGGAUGAGACUAAUCAACCGGUUUUACAGGAGGAUCUCUGCCUUGGUGUGGGAAGUCAGAUGCAUUGAAAGUAAUGCCAGCACCUUCAAUGAACCUAAGAGUGCUAUUGCUCGGUCUGCUAAGAAGAUCACUAAACAGCUGUUAAAGUUCAUUGAUGAUCCAGUUUGUACAAACAUAUUUGAGCUUAGUAAUACAACAGAAGAUGAGCAGGACUCUCUUGAUGCUGCUGAUCUGGAGGAUGAUAAAUGUCUUCCAAGAAGUUCUUGCAGAAGAGUAAAAAGACGGGUUAUGAAGAGACGAAACAAUGUGAAAAUUAACUAUGAUGAAAAUACCUGGAAGAAACAAUGUAUGGAACUGGUGAAUUUAAUUUUCCAAUGCGAAGAUUCUGAGCCUUUUAGACAACCUGUUGAUUUGGAUCAAUAUCCUGACUACAGACAUAUUAUAGACACUCCAAUGGACUUUGGUACAGUGAAGGAGACACUGGAAGCUGGAAAUUAUGACAACCCGAUGGAAUUGUGCAAAGAUAUAAGACUAAUAUUUAGCAAUGCAAAAUCUUACACUCCAAGUAAAAGAUCAAAGAUUUAUAGUAUGACCUUGAGAUUAUCAGCACUAUUUGAGGAAAAAAUGAGAAGAAUCGUUUCAGACUUUAAAACUGGCCAAAAACACAAUGAAAGACUACGAAGAAGCCAGAGAUGUAAUAGGAUGUUGCAAAGUCAUAGCAUGGUACAGCACCCUAACAAAACACUCAGAAAUGUGAAGCAGAAACCCUUAAAAUGUCAGGCAAAAAUUGAAUCUGAGCAGGAAGAUUCUUCUACCCAACCUACCUCUAGCAGAGCAGCAUGUGUUACGAGCCAUAAAAUAAAUGCUAGCACCUAUCCCCACAGUUUUGGUGAAUCUUCUGAUUCUGCUUGCAUAUCUUCAUGUGAAAGAAAUGGAAAAGCUAGAACUACACCCAUAACAAAUCAUUCUGCGUUGUCAUCAGAAAGUGAAAUAGAAGGCUCUUCGGCUUCUUCCUCUGCCUCCUCAUCAGGAUCUUCCUCCUCUUCAAGUAGCUCAGAGGAAAGUAAAGAAAGCUCUAUGGCUCUUGCAUCACCAGUAUUACACAAUGGCAUAUCCAGAGCAAAGAACAGCUGCUUUAGGGUAACCAGAAAUAGAGCAGCUCAAAGAAAGCAAAUGGGAUCAGUUUCUCAGGGGAAUGGAAAUAUCAGAAAAACUGCCAGGAAAAGGCUAUAUAGAAGUGACUCUGAAAAUACUUCAGCAGUGGCUUGUGAAUCAUUGAGUAACAAAACUGGUAGACAUAGAAAAAUACCACGCAGAAGUGCUACUGUGGCUGCUAAUAAAUUAAAGCUGAUGAGUGAUGUGGAGGAAGAGCUCUCCAGUUCCGAAAGUGUUGGCAUUGGAAGCAAGAACAGAAAACUGCCCCACCGCAAUGCUUCUGCUGCAGCCAGGAAACUGUUAUUGGAAGGCUCUGAUGAUGAGACAGGUUUAAAGUCUGAAAGUGAAAAAGAAUUAAAAGAACCGUAUGCAAGGAAGAAAAAACUUUUUCAGCCUGGUUCAUCUGCUGCUAGAAGAAAAUAUAUUAGUGAAUCUGAAGAUGGAAGUUCAGAUUCUGAAACUGAUACAAGAAAGGCACAAAAAAAUAGGCAAAGCAAUAGCAAAAAAUCACCACACAGGAGAGUCUGUGCUGCAUCUCCUAAAAUUAAAAAUCCCACAGUAGAAUUUUCAGAGGACGACUCCAAAAGCCAUAAGUCAGAGGAUGGGAUCAGUCAGGAAGUGUCCAAACAGUCAACUUCAACACACAAACAGCAUGCAGUGUGCAACUCAUCUGAGGAUGAGGAAGAUUCUGAGUCACGCAGGUGGAAUGGUAGAAAAAUCAAGAAGGUGACAAGUCAAAAGCCUGUAACUCCAUUCAAAAAAGCAAAAGUCUUGAGUGACUUAGAGGACACAGCAGAGUCUGAAACAGAAGUGAAGGAGAAUGGAAGAAGUUCUGUGUCAGAGAGUAUGGAAACUUCUGGGACUGCAGGGAGCUCAAAAUCUGGACCGGAUGCUAGUUUCAAUUGCUCUUCUAAUUUAGCAUCUGAAACUGAUACCAAUAAUAGUAACUAUAGUGAUGCCAUAAACACAAAAAGGAGGAAAAGGGAAGUCACUAAAAAAGGAUCUUUCUCUCAAGAGAAUGGUCAUAGCAGAAGAGCUACCAGGAAAAGAUUAUAUGGGAGUGACUCAGAAUAUUCAAAGGGGGCUUACAAAAUAGUGAAUGACAAAGAUGAUGGUCGCAGAAGAAUUCCACGUAGAAGUGCGACACUGGCUGCCAGUAAAUUAAGACUAAUGAGUGAUGUGGAGGAAGAGAUCUCCAGCUCAGAAAGUGUUGGCAUUGGAAGCAAGAACAGAAAACUGCCCCACCGCAGUGCCUCUGCUGCAGCCAGGAAAUUGUUAUUGGAUGGCUUUGAAGAUGACACAGGUUUAAAGUCUGAAAGUGAAAAAGAACAGUAUAUUAAACAGAAAAAGCUUUCACAGGCUAGUUCAUGUGCUAGAAGAAAAUAUAUUAGUGAAUCUGAAGAUAAAAGUUCAGAUUCUGAAAUAGGUGCACAAAUGGCACCAAAGAAUAGACAAAGCAAUGGCCAUAAACAACCACACAGGACAGUCUGUGCUGCAUCUCCUAAAAUUAAAAAUCCCACAGUAGAAUUCUCAGAGCAGGACUCCAAAAGCCAUAAGUCAGGGGAUGGGAGUAGUCAAAAGGUGUCCGAUCAGUCAACUUCUGCACACACACAUGCUGUGAGCAACUCUGAGGAUGAGGCAGAUUCUUUGUCAGGCAGGUGGAAUGGUAGAACAAUUAAGAAGAUGACCAGUCAAAAGUCUGCAACUCUUUUCAAAAAAGCAAAAGCCUUGAAUGAUUUGAAGAACACAGCAGAGUCUGAAACGGAAGUGAGGGAGAAUGGAAGACAAUCUGUGUCAGAGAGAAUGGGACCUUCCAGAACUGCAAGGAGCUCAAAAUCUGGACCUGAUGCCAGUUUCAAUUGCUCAUCUAAUUUAGAAUUUGAUACUGAUUCCAAUAGCAGUAACUAUAGCAAUGCCACAAACACAAAAAAAAGGAAAAGGAAAGGAAAAACAAAAGUCAUUAGAAAAGACUGGAAGAGGAUGAACUCUUUCUUUGGAACAUCAAGCAUCAGGAUGAAAUUGGUGAUUCAGGCAAACACUGUUCUCUGGAUCUUCAGGGUACUUGUCUGCACAGCCAGAAUCAUGGCAUCACAAAUCACUUUGCACUAUUGGGUCAAUGCUUCCAAUGUCAAGCAUUUCUGGUUGUCCCGGCAGCACCGCCAUUUAUGGUAAUUCUAGCAACUGCACUAGGAGAUUUACUUUAUAUACUCCUUUGAUUGGCUUGUGUGAGGGGAGACAUUUUUUUGAGGCAUUUGCAUUUAAUUGGGACAUCUCCCAGGGAACUAAUUAAGCUUAGUAAUACUAAAUAACAAUACUUAAUAAGGACAGUUCUGCCUAAUCCAUAUUUUUUUAGGGGUCUUUUGAAAUAGCUUUCAGUCCUGUUAUGGCUGUGAUACAUGCAGUGAGAGAACUUCAAUAGUUUCUGUUCUGAUACGUUAUAUUGGCUCUUUCCAUGCCACUACAUAUUGCCAUCAGUGCAGCUCCUGGCACUAGGAAGGCAGCAGACUUGGUCCCUGUCUCAUUGUAGACAAUGCCUUCCAUUCAACCCUAAAUGGGCUUGUCCAGAGACAACAGGUUCUGCAGUUCCUCUAACAGCAGUGGCUUCACUAACAAAAAAUUAGUGUAUGCUCUUACGCAAGAGUUCUUAAUGGAGACAACAGGUCGUCCAGCAGAUGUUCUGAUUAAAUGGAUUAAGAUUAAUAAAAUACCAUCACCUAGCACUUCUGUAGUGCUUUCCAUGAAUUUUUUUCAAAUUUCAUUUUUUCAGAAAAUUGAGAAUUUGCCAAUACGUUAUUUUGAAAAAAUAUGAAACUAAAAUGUAUAGUGUCAACCUUGCUAUUGUAUAUAAUUUUCAUCACAAUAUUUUAUAAAGUUGUUUUGUUUUGAACACACACUAUUUACUGAGAAUGUAUGUUCACUAGACUAUGAAGCACCUAAUAAUUAGAGCCCUACGCAGAUUCAAAAUUUGUAUCCACAUCCGAUCUACAAAAAUGGUCCGUGAAUAUAAAGUAGAUAUCCGCAGAUUUGCAGAUACAAAAGUUGUAUCCACAUCCAAUCCAUGAUCUGCAAAAAUGGUCUGUAGAUAUGAAUCGCUGCAUAUAUAAAGCAGAUAUCUGUGGAUUUGCAGGGCUCUGGUAAUAACAGCUUUCUGAUCAAAGGCUAAAUUAGAAAUCUUUUUUUAAAAAAAGAUUCAUCCACAGAGCAAUAUCAAAUGCCUUCAAGAUACAUUUCUGACAAUCUGAGAAGGGUAGAAAGGGGUUUGUCCUUAUUUGCUGCUUUGUGAUGUACAGAUAACCUAAAAAACUUUUUUCCAAGUUUUUUCUGUUUUUAAUCUCUCUGGAUUGUAGUGGUAUUGUAAUUACAGUAAUAAAAUAUACAGUCUUAAUACAGUUUUAUGGAAUUUCAUUAAACCAAAUCUAUAAACAGUGAUCACAUCCUACCAUAGAAUCCAUCAGUGCAGCACAGUUUCUCCCCUCCCCCCUGGUUUCCUGGAUAUAUUAUUCUUUUAAUAUCUAAAGAAAUUAAACAAACUAGGUUUUAAAGAUACACAUCAUGACAUGUCAGAGAACAUUAGAUACUAUCAAGUACUUUUAUAUUUAAUUACGUUAAUUAUAACAUAAUUAAGUUGAUAUCUUUUUGGAAACUUAACAUUUCUUUACUAGUUUUGUACUUUCUGUUGUCACUUUUUCACAUUCCACCCCUAUCCCUGCCUGUUUUGUGUCUCAAAAGGAAGAUUUUUUUUGGUUUUUGGCCCUUCUAGUCCCUGUCACUGUAGUAUCUGAGCAACUGCCAUGUAUGAAAAUAGAGAAAUAUUUUCUGUCUUGCUUCAGUCUGUAGAAUAAAUAGCAUUAUAAGUAGGGCCCUACCAAAUUCAUGGUUCACUUUGGUUAAUUUCAAAAUUUUUAAAAUUGUAAAUUUCAUGAUAUCAGCUAUUUAAAUCUGAAAUUUCACAUUAUUGUCAUUGUGGGAGUCCUGACCCAAAAAGGAGUUGUGUGUGGUGGUGGGGAGAGGGGUUAGCAAGGUUAUUGUAUGGGAGGUUGCAGUACUGGUACCCUGAAUUCUGCGCUGCUGCUGGCAGCAGCAAUGCCUUCAGAACUGGGCAGCUGGAGAGAGGCAGCUGCUGGCUAGAAGCCCAGCUCUGAACACAGCUGCCACCACCAGCAGCAGCACAGAAAUAAGGAUGGUAUGAUAUGGCCACCCUUACUUCUACAUUGCUGCCUGCAGAGCUGGGCCCUCAGCCAGCAGCUGCCACUCUCUGGCCACCCAGCUCUGAAGGCAGCACAGAAAUAAGGGUGGCAAUACCGUGACCCUCCCUAAAAUAAUCUUGCAACCUCCCUGCAUCUCUUUUAGGUCAGGACUCCCAAUUUGAGAAACGCUGGUCUCCCUGUGAAAUCCCUAUUGUAUAAGGUAAAAGCACACAAGACCAGAUUUCAUGGGGGGGGAGACCAGAUUUCACAGUUCAUAAUGUGUUUUUCAUGGCUGUUAAUUUGGUAGGGCCCUAAUUAUGAGUUUAUAAGAUCUCGUGUCAGUGUGUGGAGAAUUUAAGGGAAAGCUAUUCUGAAGAAAUGAGGUAUGCGUUCAGUUCUGAAAGUGUUACUGCCUGUGAUCAUUACUCUUGUGGGGAGUAAGUUCCACGGUCCAGUUCAGGGUUGAAGAAAUUUUUACUUCCCUGAUCAUUUAUCAACUGCAUAAAAUAAAAUUCUUCUGGUAAUAGAAUUUAAUUUGUACUUUCUUUACUUUCUGAAUGGCUGCCUCUGCAUUAGCAGAACAAAAUUUAUUACAGGUUCAUAAAUGUGUAAUUUCUUUUAGAGACUUCUUUGCAAUAGAAUGAUAGUUUUAACACUACUCAUAGAUAUUUAGAAUCUGGAAAUCAUUACCCUUCUCGAAGGUAAGUAGUGAUUUUUUGACUGACUGUCAUUGUGAGCAAAGACUGUCGCUUCCUGUCCUCUUUUAUCUCAAACAAAAGCACAAUGUUGAAAGUUAAAAGGAUAUCCAUUUCUAAUCUUAUUUUAAAUAAUUACCCAACGUAAACUGCACAUCGCUGAGAAGUGCAUAACCUGUACUUUGAUUUCUGUGUAUUUCAGCAUUAGUAGUAAAGCUUGUACCGAAUAAACUAUAUGAUUUUAAUAGAAAUGUAAGUUAUUUAAAGGAACUUUUAAAUCUUUAUUUUGUAGAAUCAACCUCUGAGGAGAUUGGACAAAAUACAAAAGUGCUCAGGAGCAGGACAUAUAUGAAUGACUACAAAAAAUAUACAAAGUUUUCUAGUGAGACAUUAAAUGCCAAAACUGUUACUAGAAAAAAAACUCCAUGCAGAAGUGCUACUUUGGCUGCUAAUAAAAUUAAGAUAAUGAGUAAUAUAAAGGAAGAGCUCUCCAGCUCAGAAAGUGUGUGCACUGAAAAAAAGAAUAGAAAACUGCCUCACUGGACUGUGUCUGCUGCAUCCAAGAAAAGGCUAAGGGACAGCUCUAAGGUAGAUGCCACUUUCAAGUCUGAAAGUGAAAAAGUGAAAGAGCAACAUACCAACAGUAAAACACUUUCUCAGCCUAAUUCAGCUGCUGCUAGAAGAAAAUAUAUUAGAGAGCCUGAAAGGGGAAAAUCUGAAAAAGAGACAAAGAUGACACACAAGAACAGGCAUAGUAAUGACCAUAAGCAGCCACACAGAACUGUCCAUGCUGCAUCUCUUAAGGUGAAAAAUUCUGCAGUAGAAUUUUCAGAGGAGGACUCCAAAAGCUGUAAAUCAGAGGAUGGGAACAGUAAGAAAGCUUCUGAUCAGUCGACUUUUGCACGCAAACCUCAUGCAGUGAGCAACUCUGAGGAUGAGGCAGGUUCUGAAUCAGGCAAGUACAAAGGUAAAAAAACCAAGGAGGUGACCGAUGAAAAGGCAGGGAUGUCUUUCAGAAAAGCAAAAUGCUUGAGUGCCGUAAAGGACACAGAGUCUGAAACAGGAGAGCAGGAAGAUGGAAGAAGUUCUGUGUGCCAGCGGACUGAUCCUUCUGGGACUGCAAAGAUUGGAAAAUCUGGACCUGAUGCCAGUUUAAAUUGCUCUUCCAAUUUAGAAUCUGAAACUGAUUCUAGUAACAAUAGCUAUAGGAAUGCCACAAAAACAAAAAAGAGGAAAAGGAAAAGAAAAAGAAAUACUAAAGUAAUUAGAAAAGGUAAAAAUUCAAUUUCAAAUGUAUCUAAGCCUUCCAGAAGGCCCCAGCGAACAAAACGCUUUAAACUUAAUCAAGAAAAUGACUCUGAUGAUGUGGACUACACCAAAUAUAAAAGAGCAAAUAGACGUUCUAAAAUAAGAACUAGAAAUGGGGGUAGAAGGACUGUGAGAUAUGAUGACGACGGUGGUGGUGAUGAUGAUAGAGGUCUCGAUUACAUAGAUUGUGGAACAUAACCUUAAGAGGAAAAGCCAGUCCGCUUUUUUUAUGGUAAUAGUGCUAGGAUUCAUGAUGAAUGCUGGCUCUUCUUUGUCCUAUAUUUCAGGGAAUAUAUUUAUAUUUUUCUAUGAAAAAGUUAUUAAUGUCAAAUCAUGACUCUCCUUUUCAUAUUUUGACUUGCACUUGCCUGCCCAUGCAGCAGCAUUUAGCACAGAUGCCAAAAUGUGCCUCAUUAUAGGGGCAAAAUUUUGUCUUUACUGGUAUUUUACUACAUAUAACAAGACUUUAAAAAAAGUUAAACACCUGGCAACAGGUUAAAAGCAGUAUGUUGAGUAUUAUUUUGGGUGCUGCAAUGUGCUACUACCUGGGCCUUACAAUAUAAGUGCAUUCAAGAACAGCUGAUUUUAACACCUCUUAAUGUAUGAAAUCUCAUUCAACAGUAACAGACUUGCAAAUAUUACUGUACAUUAUAAAAAUAGUGGUUAAUGAUAUUACAAACAUCAGAAAUAAUAAAUGAAUAUUACAUUAAUUUGAAUUAGUACAGCUUUUCAAAUGUACAGUGCUACCACUAUUGAAAAUACACAACCUGAACCAACUCGUAAUGGAAAAUACAUAUUUACCAAUUUUUAAAAAAUGGUAUUGGUAAAAAUAGGGUUUUGCAGACAGGUGGUACUGGCAUUUUUAAUAUGCGACUUCCAUGCUGUAAACUUGAGACCACAAAAUGCAGGUGAACUUUUGGGCCUAAGGGUUUGUGUGUGUUUGUUUGUUUAUAAAAUAUGAAAAGAAACAUGUGCUGUGUAUUUUUUUUAAAACUUGUGUAUUUAAAACUUAUCUUUUAAAUGGG